AUGAAAGCAUAUGCAAUUGUCCUUAUAGUAUGUGGGUCUGUGGCUGCAGCCAUUCUCAUCUUAUGUUGCCUCUGCAAGUGCAAAGGAGGCAGCCGUAUAGGGAAGCAAGGUCAAGUAAGAUCAACUCGAACAGUGGCGUCGAAACAAAGUUAUGUUACUCGUGACCUUGAAAUUGGCGAGACUAAACAAAGCAGUAAUAAGCAGAGUGGUAGUAGAGAUGGUGGGAUGAUUAUUUUGUCCGGAGGUGAAGCUCAAACAGAAGCACCAGCUCCUAAUGCUACUAAGGGCGGGAGUAAUAGUGGCACCGGCGCUGGUCAUGAAGAACAUGGAAGAAGUGGUGGCGGUUGUGGAGGCUGCGGGGGUGGUGGAGGCUGCGGAGAUUGUGGAGGAUGUGGAGGUUGCGGCGGAGGAUGUGGAGACUGA